AUGUACACGGUUGUCUUCCGCGAGGGCAUCAUCAGCUUCCACUUUUCUCCCACGCCCCACGCUGCUAACGUGCGCCGCCGAAUCCGGCAGCUCAAGGAUUACCUGAUGGUGUCGUCGGACUGGAUCUCAUACGCCAUCAUUGAUGACAUCACAGACGUAUUUGGCCCCUUGAUCCACAACAUUGAAGAAGAGGUUGACGAUAUAGACGAGUGUAUCAUGAGUUCAUGGGGUACUGCAGCUAAAAAGGUAGAAAAAGACGACGAGAAGGUUAGCGAUGACGGUUCCUCCAUCACCGAGGUUGUCAACACAGCCGACGUGCUUCGCCGCGCGGGUGACUGUCGAAAACGAGUGAUGAGUCUGUACCGUUUGUUGGGCAACAAGGCAGACGUCAUCAAGGGAUUCGCCAAGAGAUGCAACGAGCAGUGGGAGGUUACACCCCACUCCGAUAUUGGUCUCUAUCUCGGCGACAUCCAGGAUCACAUCCUGACCAUGACGUCCAAUCUCAGCCACUAUGAAAUGAUCCUCGCCAGAGCUCAUGGAAAUUAUCUCGCGCAAAUUAACCUCAAGAUGACAGAGCGCUCGGAGCAGACUGCUGACAGCCUCAACAAACUGACAGUCCUUGGUACCAUCGUCCUCCCUAUGAACAUCAUCACUGGCCUAUGGGGCAUGAACGUCUGGGUGCCCGGCCAAGAGUACGAAGGCGACCUCACUUGGUUUUUCUGCAUCACCCUAGGCCUGAUCUGUUUUGGUUUUGCUUGCUAUUAUGCCGCAAGAAGAGUCUACCUUAUAUGA